AUGGUAACGCCGAUUGAGUGGGCAUCACCUAUAGUCAUUGCAAUUAAAUCUAAUGGAAACGUACGUAUUUGUGCUGAUUUCAAAGUAACGAUCAACCAGCAUGUACAAGUUGAUGACUACCCCUUACCAAGGUUUGAGGAAAUUACAUCCAAAUUAGCUGGAGGUCAAUUGUUUACAAAAAUAGACCUUAAAGACGCCUACCUUCAAUUAUUGGUACACCCGGACUCCAGGAAGUACUUAACGAUCUCAACACACAAGGGUUACUUCCAGUAUAAAAGAUUACCCUUUGGUAUAUCUUUUGCACCAGCAGUUUUUCAAAGAACCAUGCAUCAAAUCCUAAGUGGGCUGGAUGGUGUUGUAUGUUACCUCGAUGACAUUUUGAUAACGGCGGAAAACCGACAUGAGCACAUAAAACGAGUCAGAACAGUCUUACAAAGGCUACAAGAAGCAGGUAUUAAAAGUCAGAUAACUAAAUGUUUCUGGUUACAGGAGAGUGUAACUUUCCUUGGUCAUAAGAUUGAUAAAAACGGUUUACACCCAACAUCGGAACGAGUUGAAGCUAUCAAAAAAAUGCCAACUCCAAUGAACGUGGCCGAAUUACGAUCCUUUUUGGGUUCCAUUACAUACUAUGGUAGAUUUAUAGACAAUUUACAUGUUAGAUGUGCACCGUUGUAUCGUCAUUUGAAGAAGAACCAAAAAUGGGAUUGGACCAGCGAGGAUACCCAAAUAACAAACGAUCUGAAAAACAUUUUAACAUCGAACGAAACACUUGUCCACUAUGAUGAGAAACAGCCUAUCUACGUUAGUAGCGAUGCCUCUGAUAAAGGAAUUGGAGCAGUGUUAUUUCAUAAAAUGAAUAACAUCAUGCGUCCAGUCGCAUUCGCCUCCAGAACUCUUUCCGAAACAGAACGUCGAUACUCAACAAUCGACAAAGAGGCAUUAGGGAUUGUUUAUUCAGUAACAAAGUUCCAUCAAUACCUUUAUGGACGAAAAUUUACUUUGCUAACAGAUCAUAAGCCUCUUGAACGUAUUUUUAGUCAAGAAAGAGAAACACCCAAAGUCGCAAGCAACCGAUUACUUAGAUGGGCCAUGAUCUUAAACAGUUACGAGUACACCAUAAAUUACCACACGGCUAAGGAGAAUACUCCAGCAGAUGCACUUUCAAGAUUACCGCUGCCAAACUCUGAUUUAACUAUAGAAGAACGAACAGGGUUACCCCAAUUUGCCCAUCUCUUACAUCUUAGACUGAGUAAUAUACCCGUAACAAAACAAAAACUUAGAAAAGAGACACUUAACGAUAUAAACCUUAACAAAAUCAAAAACUUCAUAACAAAUUAUUGGCCGGAAAAAAAAGAACUACCGAUAGAAAUGCAUACUUACUUCGAGAAACGAGAACAAUUGUCAUUUGAAGAUGGAAUUAUCCUGUGGAACGGAAGACUAUGUAUACCAAAAAAAUUACAAUCAGCCAUACUAGAAAUGUUACAUGACGGACAUAAUGGGGUAAAUGCUAUGCAGUCACUGGCAAGAUUGCAUGUGUACUGGUCAAACAUAGACAAAGAUAUUCAAAAUUUUUCGAAACAUUGCAAAUUAUGCCAAUCUUCAAAAACCAACACUAACUCUGCACCGGUGUAUCCUUGGGGAGUACCGCCGGAACCAUGGCAUAGAUUACAUAUAGAUUUUGCGGGACCAUUUCUCGGGUACAUGUGGCUUAUAGCAAUAGAUGCUUAUACAAAAUGGCUGGAAGUUAUACCAAUGAAAUCAACAACAUCAAGAGCAACAAUAAGUCGUCUAGACAACAUAUUCGCCACAUUCGGUAUUCCGAAAUAUAUAGUUACAGAUAAUGGCCCUCAAUUCAUAUCAAGCGAAUUUAGAAGCUACUGUCAGAGUAUUGGCACAACACACAUAAAAACAACACCAUAUCACCCUAGAACUAAUGGGUUAGCUGAACGUGCUGUCCGAACAUUCAAAGAACGUAUGCUUGCCUCGGAUAAGAAUAUUGACAUACAUGGACGCCUUAACAGAAUUCUUCAGGCAUACCGGAACACAACCCGACGUUCAACGAACAGAACCCCUUACGAAGCGAUGUUUGGAAGAAUAAUGCGUACUACCUUCGAUUUAUUGAAACCUAACAUCCGAGACGAUCUAGAAAGAACGCGAUUAUAUAAGGAGUUGAGACCAACAAACAAAGAAGUUGUCCCACCAACAUAUAAACUUGGAGAUAAGGUUUGGGUAAAUAAGCCCUUGACAAAGGGAUCAGAUCCUGCAAUAAUAACGAAAUGUAAUGGACCAUACUCUUACGAGGUGGAGUUUUCAAAUGGAGUUCGUAGCCGUAAGCAUUCCGAUCAAUUACGUCCAAGAUUGAGCGGCAGUCAGGAUGAUGACCCUACAAGUGCUUACACCCACUACUAUAAACGUAUAGACACAGAGGAUCAAUUACAACAUGGUGAUUAUAGAAACCAGUUAUCACCGAUACCCUCUACGAGCGCGCAACAUCCUGAGGGUCCAAUAGUGUUUCAAGAUGAGGAUGCAACUUUUCCGUCGACAUCACGUGGCGCCACUGCCACUACCACAACACCGCAGCUGCAAGUGCCACGUCGUUCGCAACGCCAGCGGAAACUACCAGCACGAUUAGGUUUAUAG